UGUCUUCCACGACCUUGCGGAUGUAAAUAUUUAUUCCUGAUAAUAGGUCGUUUACUUUAAACGAUAGUUGCGAAACGCGACGAGUCAUGGCCACGACGAUGAAGCCGGUCUCACCGAUCGGAUGGGAUUUACUGAACGACUUAAGUGCCAUACCUGAAGAGAGCAUUGUAGAUUUUCUUCUGGACCGCUUGCAGCAGGGUCAAAUCUACACAUGGGUUGGACCUCUCCUUUUAACGUUGAAUCCUAAGAAUGAAGUAUCAACGUCGAAUUUGUACAAUUUUUCAGAAUUUUAUAAGCGUACCAAUAUGUCUGGGAAUAUGUAUGAGUCGAAUCCUCACAUAUUUUCUGUGGCGAUCAAGGCCCAUUACAAUCUUACUCAGAAGUUUGGGCGAAACUGUCAGGUGAUCAUUAUCAGCGGAGAGACUGGAACAGGGAAGACAUUUAAUGCUGUAAAGUGUCUAGAACUCUUUAGCAGAAUGAACAAGCAUUUAGUAUCAGCCUGUGAAGGUGAUCACGUGCAGAAUAUUAUGUCAAAGAUUAUGGACGCUUGUCGUUUGGUAUCCGCUUUCACAACUGCAUCCACUGAAAGGAACGACGUAAGUUCGAGGCAUGGACAACUUAUACGACUUCAUUAUGAAACUGGUGCCAUUUCUGGAGCGACCAUUAAUUCGUUGCUUCUGGAGAGAAGCAGGGUAACCAGAAGUUCAAGUAACUUUCAGAUUUUUUAUCAGAUGAUGUUUGGGAUGUCGAGCGUUGAACUCCAAAGUUUUAAUCUGUCCAAGUACAAAAGCUACGUUAUACUGAACGCUAUAGAUUAUAAUAAGAAAAAGAUUUUUCAAGAAGGUUUCGAGGAUACUUGGAAGGCAAUGGAUGUUUUAGGUUUUAAAGAGGAUCAGAAGAAUCAUAUUUUUCAAGUUCUUGCUUUGCUAAUCCAUAUGGGGAAUAUUAAAUUCGUAAAGAACGGUGAUGCUUGCGUAAUUGAUCUCGAUGAUCAAGAGUCCAAAGAAGCUCUAGAGAGUACUUGCAAGUUGAGCUGUUUAACCGAGGGUAUGGUGGCAGAGUUGCUCACUACCAUUCUCAUAAAUCCAAAAAGCAGUUGGAGGAAGCACACCACGUAUCAUCGUUAUCUUGUCACUGUUGAUGCCUGUCGGGUGAGACUGUGUAGUAUAAUCAGACACUUGUACGAUCUGCUUUUUUAUUGGAUUUUAAACCAUACAAACAAUGCAUUGUCCGUGAAACACGAGUGCUCGGAAUGGCUUGGUAUACUAGACAUAUUUGGUUUUGAGUCUGUUAACAAGAAUGGUAUAGAACAACUUUGCGUAAAUUAUGCUAAUGAACGAAUGCAGCAAUACUUUAUGGAAACGUAUUUGGAAAGUAGCCGGAAGUACUUGCAGGAGGAAGGUUUCAUUGAAAGCAACGAGCCCUUGCACACUAUUAACGUGUACAAAGAACGGCUAACUAUUCUUGAGGAAACCCUGUUUCUGACCUUAAACGACGUUUCACAGUCUCCUAUAGUAAUGGACAUACCCACGAUUACUCAACUAGUUUAUACAAAAUUGUACAGUAAACAAAACAAAUUUUUAAGCAUAAAAGAGGGCAAUUUCAUUGUACGACAUUAUUCCUAUCCUGUUGCAUACUCUAUAGAAGAUUUGUUAUCCAAAAACACGGAUAAGGUUCCAGAUGAAAUGUCGAUAAUCUUUCAUACAAGUAAGAAUAAAUUUCUUCGUUCUCUGAUCGACAUUGAAAAGAAACCCCACCUGCAGAUUGCUAGGACACCCACUAAGAAGAAAACAAUGUUAACAAAAUUAAAGUGUAAUAUAGAUGUACUUCUGAAAGAACUGAGCAAGUGUGACUUACAUUAUGUAAGGUGUAUUAAACCCAGUCGGUUGAAUGAUCAUGAAUGGGAUAAAAAUGACCUUCGAAAGCAAUUAGCUGACAUUGGUGUUUUUGAUGCUUUAUCUAUUGCCAAGUAUAAAUAUCCAAUUCGGUUGUCCUAUAAAGAUUUCUAUCAACGUUACUCUAAACAUCCAAAAGGCACUGUUCACAUGGACAAAUGUAAAACGAUUCUGGAAGCAGUUGUACCUAAACAAGAAUUGCAUACAAUGGUUCACUAUGGAACGCAAUUUAUCUUUUUAACAGAAGCCCUCUUCUUUAAGUUGGAAGUUCAUAGAAAAAAUUACCGUAAGAACUAUGCAAAUAAAAUACAGGAAUUUUGGAUCAAGCAUAAACGCAAAAAAAUGUCUAUAGUCCCAGUGACUGCAGAACAAAAACAGGAUGAAAAAGCUAACCAGAACAAUCCGAACACAGAAUUGGAAAAGUCAAGUAGUUCUGAAGAUGAUAACGUAUUUAUUUCCAGUCCAGAAUCAGAUAACAUAACAAAGGUUGAACGGGAAAGGAAUAAUUUGCACGCAAAAGAGAAAGUGGUUCAAAAUUUAACGGAAAGUAGCUUGUUUAACAGUAAUGCGACAAAAGUAAAAAAAGAAAAGAUCAAAUUGAAUGUAAAAGAGAAAUUGGUUGAUGAUUAUUCAAAGAAGAAGAAUACUCUCUUGAAUCGGGGAGCCAUUGCUUCUAAAAAAGGACAUGAUUUUGGAAAUGUGCAAAAGAAAAAUAGUUUCACGUUUGUGCAUACUGUGAAAAGCAAGCUUAAAAAAUUUAUUAAAAAAAUCGUUCCUAGUCAGUUAUCAAAAUCUGAACAUCACACCGUAUAUAAAAGCCAUAUUGAGUUUCAAAUUGCUGACGGCAAUAAUAAUUUAAUGGAACAGUUCUUUGAAGAUAAGAUGUCCAGUAACUCUUUUACAAACACGAGGCUUAUAAAAAACAAUGACAAACAAGUACAUUGUCUACCCGUCGAUACGGGGAAGAACACAUGUACAAUUCAAAUGGGCAACUAUACGCUGUUCCAUGGAAAUGGUAUUUUGAGCCGACGAAGGCUCAGCGAGGUACCGGUCAAGAUAUACAUUCGACCUACGUGCUCGAGUAAUCUUUAUUCUGUCCAUUUCCUAUCGCAUACAAAGUUACCGCAAGGACUCCAAAACUGUCUUUGAAAGACGGCACACUUGAUUUUUACCAAGAGAAAUAUACAGAAUUCAUCGUUAUAAAAACAUGAUGUUACACUAAUUAAGAUCAUAAAUAACGAAACUGAAACAUUAUGUACAUGAGUUAAUAUACAAAUGUUUUCUCGCUUGAACGAGGAAAUAUUCAAGAUUGAUGUACGUCAUUCUUUGUAAUCAACGAAUUCAAAA